GUUCACAUAACAGUAGUUUGAUGAUAGCAAAGUGAAUGCUUGCGAAAAAGAUACAAAAGUCUUUUUGUGAAAUCAGAAAAGUGAUCAAAUCCAAAACGACAAUCUUGUCUUGUCUCUGAAAAAUCCUGUCAUUACUCUCUCAAACCCUUUCGCCUUUCGAAUCUCCCUUUUUCUUCUUCUUCUUCAUCUCUCUUCAAUGAUUCCACUCUCUGAAUUUCACUCAACUCGUUCCCAUGGCUGCAAAACGUGUCCACGGAGACUACCCUUCGUCCACCGAUCUCUCCACUGUUAAACGCCACAAGGACCUCGACUUCCCCGAAGACACCACCACCGCACUCGAGGACGACGGCGCCGCCGCGAUCAACCUCCUCAGCCUACUCCUACAAUGCGCCGAAUACGUCGCCACGGACCACCUCCGCGAAGCUUCCAUCCUCUUGUCGGAAAUCUCCGAGACAUGCUCCCCGUUCGGUUCCUCCCCGGAGCGAGUCGUCGCCUACUUCGCGCAGGCGCUUCAGGCGCGCGUCAUCAGCACCUACCUCUCCGGCGCGUGCUCGUGCUCUCAACUCUCGGAGAGUCCAAUCCCGUCGCAGAAGAUCUUCGCCGCCUUACAGACGUUCAACUCCCUGAGCCCUCUCAUCAAAUUCUCACACUUCACUGCCAAUCAAGCGAUCUUCCAGGCCCUGGACGGCGAGGACUCCGUCCAUAUCAUCGACCUCGACGUCAUGCAAGGCCUUCAAUGGCCCGGACUCUUCCACAUCCUCGCUUCACGUCCUCGAAAGCUCCGAUCCAUUCGGAUCACCGGGUUCGGGCCAUCCUCCGAUGUCCUCGCCUCCACCGGCCGGAGACUCGCCGAUUUCGCGGCCUCCUUGUCCCUCCCCUUCGAGUUUCGUCCCAUCGUUGGCAAAAUCGGAAACGUAACCGAUCCGAGUCGACUCGGGAGGAGACCCGGCGAGGCUGUGGUGGUUCACUGGAUGCAGCACCGGCUAUACGACGUCACCGGGAACGGUAUCGACGCGCUGGAGAUUGUACGGAGGCUGAGGCCGAAUCUGAUAACGAUGGUUGAGCAGGAGCUGAGCUACGACGACGGAGGAGGAGGCUGCUUUCUUGGGAGGUUCGUGGAGGCGCUGCAUUAUUACAGCGCGUUGUUCGACGCGCUUGGGGACGGAUUGGGGGAGGAGAGUGGGGAGAGAUUCACGGUGGAGCAGAUCGUGCUUGCGACGGAGAUAAGGAACAUAGUCGGGGGGAAAAGGAGGGGGGUGAUGAGGUGGAAAGAGGAGCUGAGUCGGGUCGGAUUUAGACCCGUUUCGCUUCGGGGCAACCCGGCAACGCAAGCGGGUUUGUUAUUGGGAAUGUUGCCAUGGAAUGGAUACACGCUGGUGGAAGAAAAUGGAACCCUCCGGCUCGGUUGGAAGGACCUCUCGCUUUUGACUGCUUCCGCUUGGCAAUCUCAGCCGUCCGAUUAACUUUUCAUUACCCUGUUUUUUUUUCCCUUUCUAUAAACACACUUGAUCCGUUUAAAGAAUAAAGCAAGGGUGGAGAAAAAUAAUUAUGAUAUAGUUGAGAUAUUAAAGGUUUUAUAUAACUCACUAA